CUGAGGGUGACUCCCAGGCCCAUCCACCCUGCCUGCCCCACCCCCACCCCCAAGGGCGAGCGAGGCUCAGGCUGAGGCCCUGCCCCCACCCUCCCUGCCUCAGGGCCCUACUGUGAGGUCAGCGCCUGCCGCUGAGUUCCGUCCAGAGGUGUGUGUGGUCAGGCUGGAGGCCGGACAUGGCCCCCUGGCCGCAGCCUGACUUCUGCCUGCUUGGCAGCCCCCUGGGCCUGAUAUGCUGGUCCCUUUUGAUCCCGGCUGCAGCUGGAAACCACUGCGACUGCAGCCUGGGCCUCAGCCGGGAGGCCCUCAUUGCCCUGCUGGUGGUGCUGGUGGGCAUCAGUGCCAGCUGCUUCUUUGCCCUGGUCAUCGUGGUGGUCGGCGUCAUCCGAGCCAAGGGUGAGACAUGCACAGGAACCAUGGACAGCAGUUUGGUGCAGGAGGACCACCUGGACCUGCAAACGGUGCACGUGGAGUCCCACCACAUGGACGCCAACCUGGAGCUCUCCCCAGAGGACCAGGGCCUGGUCACCAUUCCCAUGGACCCUGCCCAGGCCCUGGAGGAGCCUCUCUGCCCACCGCUGCCUGAGUAGGCGGUGGCCGCAGGGGGAGGGAAAUGAAAUCCUAUUUACUGUUC